GGACAGACGGAGGGACGAGAGACCCUGAGACAGACAGACAGACAGAGAGAGAGAGACGAGCAGGAGGCUUUAACAUCUGUCAUCUGGGCCUGUGUGUGAGUGUGAGUGUGUGUGAGAGUGUGUGUGUGAGUGUGAGAUAAGCUGAUUGGAACACACAUGUUGGAGGGCGGAGCCAUGAUGGGCAAGGAUUACAUGUUGGCCAUCAUCAUAGUCAACUAUGACGACAACAUCUGGACUGACCAGAACCUGCUGCUGGACCCAGACCUCCCCUCCGGCUGGAGAACCAUCAAAGACUCAACAGGAACCUACUACUGGCAUGUUCCCACUGGCACCACCCAGUGGCAACACCCCCGCCUCACUGGGAUGCCCCAGCCUGUCGACACACAGCAGGAGGAAGCUGGACAGCAGAGUUCCAACAGACAGACAGACGGCCCACCUGAGGACAGGUCGUCAUGGCAUGAAGAUUAUCUCUCCAGCCACGACCCUGACUCCAAGUGUUUUGCGGUGCGUUCACUGGGCUGGUUGCAGGUGGAGGAGGAGGACCUGUCUCCAGGUCGCAGCAGUCUCGCUGUCAGUAACGUCAUCCAGCAGCUGUCUCACUGCAGCAGCCCCGAGCAGAGAGACAGGCUGGGAGCCUCGGGGGAGGGUCGGGAGAUGAUGCUGGUUCUGAAGAAAGACACUCUGAGCUUGUUGGACCCAUUAGACCACACCCCCCUCCACUGUCAACCAAUCAUCAACAUCCGUGUCUGGGGGGUGGGCUGCAACAACGGCAGGGACUUUGCCUUCGUGGCGGGAGAUAAGGACAGCUGUGUGCUGAAGUGUCACGUGUUUCGCUGCGACGCUCCAGCCAAAGCCAUCGCCAGCGCUCUACAUGAGAUGUGCUCCAAGAUGAUGUCAGAGAAGACGCUGAUGAGGCCGUCUCGCUCUCUGACCAUGGAGAGCAUCUCACCUGAAGACUUGCCCAGACAAGUUGAGUUUCUGGAGGCUGUUCGGCAGCAGGUCCAGAAGUUCGAGGUCCAGUACAUUGGUAACCUGCCGGUGUCCAGAGCCAUGGGUAUGGAGGUGUUGAACCGAGCCAUUGAGAGCAUCAUGAACUCCACAGACAGAGACGACUGGGAGCCGACGGUGAUCCACGUCACUGACAACGUCCUGUCUCUGUGGAAGGGAGAGGAAGGGGAGGAGCCGUUCUGGGAGUGUCAGGUACGAUUCCUCACCUUUCUGGGCGUCGGCCACGACUGCCACACCUUCGCCGUGAUCGUCGAUGGCGGCACGCAGAGAUUUGAGUGUCAUGUGUUCUGGUGUGAACCAGACGCAGGAAUCCUCUCUGAGGCCGUCCAGGCUGCAUGUAUGGUUCAGUAUCAGAAGUGUCUGGUGGCUCAGACUCCUCCUCCGAGGUCCAAGUCGUGGCGUGCGAACCCGUCAAAGGUCAAACGGGCCAACUCCAUGGACGGCGCAGCUUUUCCUCCUCUUACGUCCCGUUACCAUGGCGGCAGUGGCUCCACCAUGCUGACGCCAAGGAUAACGAAGGGCAACAGCAGAAGCGUGAGGAAGGGGAUGAUGGCGUUCUUCGAAACCUUUCGCAACAAACAGACUGCCACCUCCUAAUGACGGGGGCGGGGCCAUCAGAGCUAUACGUCAGCAGAGGUGGGACUCCAGGUGGCCUCCAGUCCUCCAGGACUGAAACACACAAAGACCAUGACAGCGAGGACACGGUCCAGACCCA